CCCUUUCUGUCCCCUCUUUUCUCUUUCUCUUUCUCUUUCUCUCGGCCAAUAUUGGUUUUGAUUUUGGGAAAUUUGCAGUGAUUGUGCGAGAAAGACACGAAAUGUGUUAUUGGAAUCAACCAAGCAAACAAAGCAGCCAUUACUCCCACUUCACGGACAACACCGCAUUUUGAUCUUCUUCUUCUUCUUCUCUCUCUCUCUCUCUCUCUCUCUCUCUAUUUUCCUUUUUGUAAAUAAAAAAAAUAAAAAUAAAUACAGGCACGUAUAGUGUAUAUACCAAAGUCCCCCAACACUUGGAACGAAGAAGAAGAAGAAGAAGAAGAAGAAGAGUCACCAAAAUAGUCCCAAGGAAAGGAAGGAAAUGUCGGUAACAAGUCAGUGAAAUGAACAAACAAGGGGAGGCAAAAUGUUAAGGGUUUUCGAGAUCUGGCGUUGGAGGGUCUCAAAUUCUUCAAGGGUUCAACUAAUCUAGAUUAAAUGUAUAAAUUUAACCGAGAUUUGAAGCUGAAGAAGUAGCAGAAUCAGAUAGUGCUACUAGGGUUUUGUCACCAUUUCGAAUCCUCCCACAACACAAGACUUGUUCUUCAUGACGACCACCAAACGUGCUUAUAAGCUGCAGGAAUUUGUGGCUCAUGCUUCCAGUGUAAAUUGCCUCAAAAUUGGGAGGAAGUCAUCAAGGGUUCUCGUCACUGGAGGAGAAGAUCACAAGGUGAAUCUAUGGGCCAUUGGCAAACCCAAUGCCAUACUGAGUUUGUCCGGUCAUUCUAGUGGAAUUGACUCUGUUAGCUUCGAUUCUGCUGAAGUGUUGGUAGCUGCAGGAGCUGCAAGUGGUACAAUCAAGCUUUGGGAUUUAGAGGAGGCAAAGAUUGUUCGCACCCUAACCGGUCACCGGUCCAAUUGCAUAUCCUUGGAUUUCCAUCCCUUUGGGGAGUUCUUUGCCUCUGGUUCUCUGGACACAAACCUGAAGAUAUGGGAUAUCAGACGAAAAGGGUGUAUUCACACUUACAAGGGCCACACUAGAGGGGUCAACGCUAUUAGAUUUACACCAGAUGGCCGUUGGGUCGUAUCUGGUGGAGAGGACCAUAGUGUGAAGCUGUGGGAUCUGACUGCUGGGAAGUUGUUGCAUGAUUUCAAGUAUCAUGAAGGCCAGAUUCAAUGCAUAGAUUUUCAUCCCCAUGAGUUUCUGCUGGCAACAGGUUCGGCCGAUAGAACUGUUAAAUUCUGGGAUCUAGAGACUUUUGAGCUUAUAGGGUCAGCUGGUCCUGAGACCACCGGUGUACGCUGUAUGGCCUUUAAUCCUGAUGGGAGAACCCUACUUUGUGGUUUGCACGAAAGUCUAAAGGUUGUCUCUUGGGAACCAAUAAGAUGUCAUGAUGCUGUGGAUGUGGGAUGGUCUAGAUUGUCAGAUCUUAAUAUUCACGAGGGAAAGCUUCUUGGCUGCUCCUAUAAUCAAAGUUGUGUUGGAGUAUGGGUUGUAGACUUAUCGCGUAUUGAACCAUAUGCAAUUGGGAAUUUAACUCGAUUGAAAGGUCAUCCUGAACCAAAAUCUGAUUCAAGUGGGAAUGUGCCAAUAUUGACUGAAAACAAUGCAAAGGUAUGUUCAGGCAGGCUAGCCAUAUCACAAAAUUCAGAUCCUGUAUCCAAGGAAACAAAAUCUUUGGGAAGGCUUUCAGUCUCGCAAAACUCAGAUCCUAUCACCAAGGAGAAGGAGUCGAAAUCUUUUGCAUCCACAGGAAGUGUACCUGGUACUCCUCAAAGGGUAAUUUCAAAUACUGGUCCAAAGACAACGCCAAUUAGUUCAAUCUCAGUUCCUGGUGCAGCAACUCUGAAAAGGGGCACUGGAAAAGUCCAUCUGACAGCCAAUCCUUCGUUUUUCAAUGGGUCUGAUGUGAUACCUGUAGUUGUCCCUCGGAAUAAUGGGAGGUUUGAGCAAGCAGCUGAAUCCAGAAAAGAAGGUGUCGCUGGCAGAAUGAUGCCAUUGUCCAUGCAGUCAAAAACAUCUGAUUUUCUUAAGUUGUCAAACAUUAGGGAUGACUUGGAUAGGCCAAUUGCUAGUGAUCAUUCUGAAACGGAUGGUUUCAAAACCACUGAGUUGAGUGGAGUGGCAAAUAGGAAUGUUUUUCCUGCAGUAAAAAGCUCAGAUGCAGGAAUUCCUGAAGGGGAGAUGAAUGCAAAGGUCGACAGGCGUAUUGUUUCUGGGAGAGUUGGAAUGAAUCUAAUGCCAGAGCCACUUGCCAGUUUCCAGAAUGAUAGCUAUGAAACUCGUGUGCAUAAGGGAAACAGAGAUGUGUGUUCCACGGAAGGACAAAAAGGAGGAAGGACGCGCUCGCUUGUUGCAAACUGGGAGAAGAGUGAGAGAUACUCUUAUUAUGAGGCUCCUGCUUCAAGCAAUUUAUCUGGGACAGUACCCGUUGUUAGCAUGCUCCAACCUAAUGCGAGAGGGCCCAUAUCUCCUGAAAAAGAAACGUUGCCUGUUAGUGACAAGGAUGCAAUUGUGGAGAUAAUGGAACAACAUGAUCACUUUGUUGGCUCAAUGCAGUCUCGUUUAGGCAGAUUACAGAUGGUCCACAAAUACUGGGAAAGGCAUGAUGUUAGAGGGGCCAUUGGUGCGAUGGAGAAGAUGGCUGAUCAUGCUGUUCUUGCUGAUGUGAUAAGCUUUUUGACAGAAAAACCUGAUAUUAUCACAUUGGAUAUUUGCACUUAUCUCCUGCCACUCCUCGCAGGCCUUCUUGAAAGCAACAUGGACAGGCAUCAAGGUCUUUCACUGGAAAUGCUUCUUAAGCUUGUCAGGGUAUUUGGUUCGGUGAUCUAUUCAACUUUAUCAGCAUCAUCCUCUGUUGGUGUAGAUAUUGAGGCAGAGCAAAGGCAAGAGCGUUGUAACCUCUGCUUCAUCGAGCUUGAAAAAGUUAAACGCUGCCUUCCUGUGCUUUGCAGAAGAGGGGGGUCCAUUGCGAAGUCUGCCCAAGAGCUGAAUCUAGCACUUCAAGAAGUUUCACGGGCUUAGUUGAUUAAAAAUUAACAUAUACUCAAUUGGAAGAAUUCUUGGCCACACAGUGGAACAAUUAACUACGACUGAUCCUGAUCCUGAUCCGGCUGUUAAAAACUGACAUGUGUGCCCUCUCUGCACCUGCUGUUGGUUGCUGCGCUUGGUUUUGGCAACCGCCAAUUUGAUAAGGAUCCAUCCAUUCACACCUUUUAUCAAUUUCUAACCAUAUAUAUGUAUCUUCUGGCAUGUAAAGUUGUAACUCUUGGCUUCUUGUUUGAGAUUAUGUAUCAGUUCGAUCAUUAUUAUGCAUUAAUACAAGCGUGUCUUGAAUUAAGCACUUAUGAGUA